GGCUCUCUAUGACCCGCCCCCUCACUUCCACGCUCUCCCUCCCGCCUCUCUCGCCUAGCCGUGCGCUUCCAGGCAGAGCUCCAUAGCAACGGAGGCCUGCUGAAGCGCUGCCGCCUUUGAGCCUUCCCAACGGAGCCAUGGCAGAGGUAGAAGAAACUUUAAAGAGGAUCCAAUCACAUAAAGGAGUUAUUGGAACUAUUGUUGUAAAUGCAGAAGGCAUCCCAAUCAGAACCACUCUCGACAACUCAACUACAGUACAAUACGCAGGUCUCCUUCAUCAGCUCACGAUGAAAGCAAAAAGCACAGUGAGAGAUAUCGAUCCCCAGAAUGAUCUAACCUUUCUCAGGAUUAGAUCAAAGAAACAUGAAAUCAUGGUUGCCCCAGAUAAGGAAUAUCUUCUGAUCGUUAUCCAAAAUCCUUGCGAAUAGACCAACCACACCAAUUUUAUGGGAGCUGUGCUACAAUUUUAAAAUAACAUUUACUACAGAUAUACAAUGUCAUAGCAUACCACUAAGAAACUUUUCCAGUAACUUGUCAGGAAGUUUGCAAGCUCAAAUCUCUCACGUGUGCAAAAGCAUUGUAUUUGUAACAGAAUUAAUGAAAAUGUGUGUCUAACUGCUUAAAGGACAAUAAACAUAAAUGCUUAAAGCAUGUGUUAA